AUGCGUAUCAAAUCAACCCAGAUCCUUUUUCCAAUCCUCGUUACCCUCUUAGCUCUUUUCAUCAACGCACUCAUUAUGCUUGCGUGCGGCUACCAACCGAUAAAGGCGUUUGUCGCUAUGUAUCAAGGCGCGUUGGGGGGAAUGCGGGAGGUGACGGAGACGUUUGUAAAAACCUGUCCCUUGCUGCUGACGGGGUUGGCUGUAGCGUUCGCAUUUCGGUGCGGUGUUUGGAACAUUGGGGCUGAAGGACAAUACCUCAUCGGUACGCUGGUCACCACUUGGAUCAGUACAUCAAUUGCCAACCUGCCGCCAUUUCUCUUUAUCCCUCUGAUUCUUGGGCUUGGAUUCGCCGCCGGAGGAUUCUGGGGGAUAAUCGCCGGACUGCUCAAAGCCUAUCGCGGUGUGCAAGAGGUCAUCAGCACUAUCAUGCUUAACUUCAUUGCACUUGAACUAGUCCGUUAUUCGAUAGAUGGCGGUCCGCUGCAAGAAGCAACGAAAGCAUAUCAACAGAGCGAAAAAUCGCAGCGAACGCUGUCCUACCCCGUAUACUCCCAAAAGACUCUAAAAUUCAAGGAGAAGGUGAUGACGCAACCGCAGGUGGCACCUUAUGGUUCAUGGAAAUCUCCAAUCAGCGCAAAUCUCAUUUCGACGGAAGGACGCAAGAUAAUAGAAGCCGUAGCCGAUGGAGAAGAUAUCUAUUGGAUUGAGAUGCGUCCGACUGAGAGCGGUCGCUAUGUCAUCGUUCGACGGACUCCAGACGGGCAGACGACCGAUGUGACGCCACCCCCUUUCAACGCACGGACGCGAGUCCAUGAGUACGGUGGUGCGGCGUUCGUCGUCAGUGAUGGUACGGUCUACUUUUCAAACUUUGCUGAUCAACGUCUCUACCGCCAGAUUUCCGGAUCAGAGCCACAACCGAUUACCCCCGAAGCCGCGCUGCGCUAUGCAGAUGGCGUUGUUGACGCCACACGGAAACGCCUAAUCUGUGUCCGUGAAGACCAUACCGAUACCGAGCGCGAAGCCGUCAACGCACUGGUAGGUAUUGGGCUGGGCGGAACAGAGGACGGACAGGUGCUUGUCAGCGGCAACGAUUUUUAUGCAGCACCGCGCCUGAGUCCCGAUGGCACGCAUUUGGCGUGGAUGGCUUGGAACCACCCGAAUAUGCCUUGGGAUGGUGCUGAACUUUGGGUUGGGGAGAUCAGUGCCGACGGGUCACUUGACAGAACCGAGCGCGUGGCAGGUGGCGUUGAUGAAUCGAUCUUUCAACCCGAAUGGUCGCUAGAUGGCACGUUAUACUUCGCCUCCGAUCGAACGGGAUGGUGGAAUCUCUAUCGCUGUCAUGCUGGAACCGUCGAACUGCUAUGCGAGAUGGAAGCGGAGUUCGGGAGACCACAGUGGAUAUUUGGCAUGUCCACCUAUCGAUUUGUCGCCGCUAAUCAGAUUAUCUGUACUUACACGCGGGAUGGUAUCUGGUAUCUAGCAAGUUUGGAUACCGUAACACGAAGGCUCGAUCAGAUUGAGACGCCCUACACAUCAAUUGCCAAUCUGCAAGCUAUCCCCGGCGGAAUCCUGUUCAAUGCCAGUUCAGCGACGGAAUCGGCAUCAAUCGUCCGCCUUGACCUUGCCACGAGACAAUUCGAGGUCGUAUGCCGUCCAAGUGAGAUAGAGAUUGAUGCCGGAUAUUUCUCAGCCCCCCAAGCGAUUGAAUUCCCGACCGAAGACAAUCUCAGUGCCCACGCCUUUUUCUAUCCUCCACAAAAUCGUGACUACGCCGCACCUGCCGACGAUCUGCCCCCGCUCCUCGUCAUCAGCCAUGGCGGUCCGACCUCAGCAACUUCGGCUGCGUUCAGCCUAGAGAUUCAAUACUGGACGAGCCGGGGGAUUGCUGUCCUCGAUGUGAACUAUGGCGGCAGCAGCGGCUAUGGCCGCGCCUAUCGCCAGCGACUUAACGAUCAGUGGGGCAUUGUUGAUGUUGACGAUUGUGUGAACGGGGCGCGAUACCUCGCCGAACACGGCUAUGUAGACGCGAAUCGGCUAGCAAUUCAAGGCGGAAGUGCGGGCGGCUAUACAACGCUCUCGGCGUUGACCUUCCGUGACGUUUUCAAAGCGGGUGCUAGUUACUACGGGAUCAGCGACCUUGAAGCGAUGACAAGGGACACACACAAGUUUGAAUCCCGCUAUCUGGAUAGCUUGAUUGGACCCUAUCCUGAAGAGCGCGAUCGCUACCGGGAGCGAUCGCCAAUCCACUUUACAGAUCGCCUUUCAUGUCCCUUGAUUCUUUUUCAGGGGCUUGAAGAUAAAGUUGUUCCUCCCAAUCAGGCGGAGAUGAUGGUCGAAGCGUUGCGUACGAAAGGGUUGCCUGUUGCUUAUGUUCCAUUUGAAGGUGAACAGCACGGAUUCCGCCGAAGCGAAAACAUCCAGCGUUCACUUGAAGCGGAACUCUACUUUUACGCGCAGGUUUUUGGAUUUGCACCUGCGGAUGCCAUAGAACCGGUGAUAAUUGAGAACCUUUCGUAA